CUGGCUGUAGGUUGGAUCUCCAGCUCCUCUAAAUUAGAUUUUGCAGUCGAGGGCAGACGAGGGGAAAAAAAUCCGGGGUUCCACAAAUCUAGUGAGGCACACAAUGUCAAAAUUAGUGGAGUGUGUUCCUAAUUUUUCAGAAGGCAACAACAAAGAGGUGAUAGACAAGAUUGGCAAGGCCAUCUCUCAGACAAGUGGCUGCGUGCUGCUGGAUGUGGAUGCGGGUCCUUCCACAAAUCGGACAGUUUACACUUUUGUGGGGAGUCCUGAAGACAUCAUUGAGGGCGCACUGAAUGCAGCGAGAACAGCUUUUCACCUCAUUGACAUGGGAAAACAUCAAGGUGAACAUCCUCGGAUGGGAGCCUUGGAUGUCUGUCCAUUCAUCCCAGUCAGGAAUGUCUCAAUGGAAGAAUGUGUCCACUGUGCUAAGAUCUUUGGUAAACGUUUAGCAGAUGAACUGCAUGUGCCUGUGUAUCUGUAUGGUGAAGCUGCUCGGAAUGAGAGCCGGAGAUCUUUACCAGCCAUUCGGGCAGGAGAAUAUGAAGCCCUCCCUGAGAAACUCAGAAAAGUAGAAUGGACUCCUGAUUUUGGCUCUGCAGACUUUGUUCCAACCUGGGGAGCAACAGUGACAGGUGCACGGAAAUUCCUCAUUGCCUAUAACAUCAAUCUGCUGUGCACAAAGGAGCUGGCACACCGGAUAGCACUUAAUAUUCGAGAGCAGGGCCGUGGCAAGGACCAGCCUGGGAGGUUGAACAAGGUGCAAGGCAUGGGGUGGUACUUGGAUGAGGAAAAUAUCGCUCAAGUCUCUACUAAUUUGUUGGAUUUUGAAACCACUCCCCUUCACAGAGUCUAUGAGGAGGUCUGCAGUGAUGCCAAGGAUCUCAAUCUGCCUGUGGUGGGAUCUCAGCUAGUAGGUCUGGUCCCCAAAAAAGCCAUGUUGGAUGCAGCAGAAUUUUAUAUUAAGAAAGAAAACCUCUUCAUCCUGGAGGAGGAUCAUAAAAUCAGACUGGUAAUUAGCAAAUUGGGACUGGACUCUUUGUCUCCAUUCAAUCCUAAGGAACGCAUAAUUGAGGACAUGAUACAGGACAAAGAGAACGGUGGUGGCAGUCUGACAUCCUUGCCUCUUCAUACAUUUGUACAGAAAGUUGGAACACGGUCUGCAACUCCUGGAGGAGGAUCUGUAUCAGCAGCAAUGGCUUCUUUGGGGGCAGCACUGGGCUGCAUGGCAGGUUUGAUGACCUAUGGAAAACGUCAAUUUGAAGAACUGGACCCAGUUAUGAGGAAACUAAUACCACCAUUCCAUCAGUCCAUGAAUGAGCUGGUAGUCAUGGUGGAUGCAGACUCUUUGGCUUUCAGCAGCUACAUGGAUGCUAUGAAACUUCCUAAGAAUACAGCUGAAGAGAAAGAAAGGCGGACAACAGCCAUGCAGCUGGGCCUGAAAAAGGCAGUUGGUGUCCCUUUCUCAUUAGCAGAAAAAGUUCACUCUUUAUGGCCUUUUUUAAAAGAAAUGGCUCUGCAUGGGAACUUAGCUUGCAAGUCGGAUAUUCAGGUGGCAGCUAAAGCUUUAGAAACUGGCGUCUUUGGUGCCUAUUUCAAUGUUCUUACAAACUUGAAAGAUAUUACAGAUGAGAGAUUCAAGCAAGAGGUGCAAGAGAAACUCUCCUUCUUCUUGGAGGAAGCAAAGAAGAGCACAGCACUUGUGCUAGAGCAACUGGAGAAGAGGACAAUGUGAAAGACUCUUUGAACAAGCAAUUGCUUGUCCACACAUAUACUGUACAAUCACUGUUUGUAGUCCUUGUGGUAUCUGUCUGAGAGAGAAGAUAGGCAAGGGACUUAUAUAUUCUCACUUUCUUUCUAUCAGAAAUUCAGCCACUAACACUGAAUUCACAAUACUGCAUUUUGACCGCUCCUCUACAUUGGUCCCUUCACCACUAAUGCAGAAAUCAGGGUCUUGUUUCUGCUUACCACUACUGCAAAGUAGUCUCAUCUGGACCACUUAGAUAGAAUAAGAGAUACAAGCUGCAGUGACCUGCAAAACAGUUGUAAUAUCUCUUUAAAGAAAAGGAGGGAUAGGUUAGCAAUUUCCAAUAGCUCUCAUAGUAUGCUCGAAUCCUACUUAAUCAAUUGUGGCAGAAAUGCCUUUUUGUAAAUUAGAAAUAGAUAAUUACUGUCUUCAAAUAAAUUAUGGCAUAAAAUGUGUCUGUGUACCAAUACCCUACUUUUGUACUGCAUUGACUCUAAAAUCAUAUUGAUAAUUGUAAUGACCUGGAUACAUUCUCAGCAGUUUCCUUUCAUGGGCAUACCAUUAACAGGUAUUCAAGCUGUAAAGAUGGGACUGCGUUAAGUAGACCUUUCAGAGGUGCAUUUAGCUCAGAAAUGUUCAUUGACAGUAACCCUGAAAAGCAUCAGGCAAUGAUGAUGAUUCUCAGUCUUCCAGCAGGAGAGGGGAUGCUAUGUCGUUAAUCACGGUAGUCACACUACAUAAUUCCUUGGUUAUUUGUCCGUGAAACUUCAGUGGUCUCACUGUCCCAUGUAACUCUGUUUCUUGUCUCUCUAGUUACAGUAAUUAAUCUACAUUGCAUUUAUCAGCAGUCUAUGAUCAAACUGUACAGCACUUUGCUCUGUGAACUCUUGUUGAAUAGCACCAUCUCUAGGGAGUAUAGUGUGUCAACCUGUUUACUCAGUUCUCCUUACCCUGAGUAAACAAGUUGACAUAGUAAACUUAUCUUGUGUCAUCCAACUUUAAAUCUCCAUACCAUCUGUUGCCAAGAAGAAUUUCACCCUACCCACAAGCGGGUAAGUUAAACUGUCAACAUUCUUGCUGUCUCAAAGACAUGAGUGUACAGUAGUUAGCAAUCAUGCCCUUUGGCCUGGCGUUGUAAUGUAAGUAGGGUAGAAAUUGAAAGAUCAGAUCCAAAUCAGUUUGAUUCCUGCUGUUGCUUUUGCUCCAAAAUCCUACUGUAGGUUUUGCUCUUAAGUCUGUAUUUAGGAAGUUAGAUAUGUAGAGACCUAUUACGAUCUAAAAUGCAACCUGUGUGCUAAAUUUUACAAACAAAUGCAACUCUACAGAAGAAAAAACUUACAAGUCCCUUUAAUGUAAUAUCAGAAUGGCAGGCUACAUUUCAUGCUGGACUCACAAAGCAACUGUUCAUAUCUGGCAAGCAGGAAAUGAAAAUCAGGGCUUAUUUACAUUAGAAAUGGGACUUGAACUGGGUCUAACAAGAUUUAAUUCAUUUUUUUAAAAGGUUGUCUACAUGAUAUACAAGAACUUCCCCCUCCCCGGACUUUUUGUUUUUCUGUACUGGAGGGUGUCUCCACCAGCGGCUGUUCAUUUUGAUUUGGCAGUGUUGCAGGGCAGAUCCCAUGCUAAAAUCAUGUGGCUUCAUGAGGACCCAUGCUUGGAUCCGUCUUUCUCUCCUCACCACAGCAGCAGGGGCAAGUGGCCAGCGUGACAGCAGGGCAGGUGGGCGCAGGACAAAACCUUAAAUGGAAAGGUUUUCCCAAGAGGACGCAUACACUGCCCCAUAAACAAUGUGACUACCAUCUGAUUUCUAAAUUGAUUCCAUUUAGCUUAUUGCAAGGCAAAUGUAAAUGUAAACAAGCCCUCCAGUUGCUUUAGCAGACUCCUGUACUUCCUCCCAAAGAGAUAUUGCCCAGGAACCAGCC